UCGUUCAGAGCCGUCAGUUCAGAAUCUGAUCAUGGACAGGGUGAUGAGAAUGUCAUCAGAGAAAGGAGUUGUGAUCUUCACCAAAAACUCAUGCUGUCUUUGCUACGCCGUGCAGGUCCUAUUCCGCGACCUUAGGGUUCAGCCAACAAUCCACGAGAUCGACAACGAUCCUGACUGCCGCGAGAUCGAGAAGGCCUUAGUCCGACUUGGCUGUGCCAACUCGGUUCCUGCUGUUUUUGUGAGUGGUAAGUUGGUGGGUUCGACCAACGACGUUAUGUCGCUUCACCUAAGUGGCUCUCUCGUUCCCUUGAUCAAGCCGUAUCAAUCAUUUCGUAACUAGAAAAUGAAUCCAUCCUUACUAAUAAAAGAUAAUUGGUGUGUUGAUUAGAUAGUAAAUCAUGGUUGGGAAAAGAUAACACGUAAAUGUGUAUCAUGUACUUGUAUCUAGUUAAUGUUUAUGUUUUGUUUCGCUCAUGUCUGAGAAUUUAAUUAUCUAGCAAUGUAUUUUCAUCUUUCAUUAAUCAGUGGAUGUACUGAUGUAUAUUAGUAUAUGUU